CCGCGUCCCCCAGCCGCGGGCGGUCCGGGAGCUGCUCAUCCUGCAGGGCCGGCCCAAGCAGAGUCCUCCCUCUCCCGGGGAAGAAACAAAGCCGGCCCUUGUGCGGGCUCCAGCGUGGCUGCGGCGCCUUUGAGGGCAGCUGCUCUCCGAGAGGCUAAUGAGACCCAGCGGGGUUCAGGCUGUGGUUCGGGGCAUCGUGGAGGGAACAGGCGCAGGUGGCGCUGGUGCUGAAGCAGCAGCUGUGGACUGGAGAAAAUGCGACGCGGUUGCAAAGAUCCUGGCUUCCUGCCCGCAGCAGUGCCUUUCCCUCGAGGACUACUACAGGCUGGUGUGGCCCCAGAUUCUGGACUUGCUGCACAUCCCGGACAAAGUGACAGCGCGCCAGUUCCAGCGAGUGGCCACCACAACGCUGCUCACCAUGGCGAAAGAGCACCCUCAGCUGGCAGAGAAGCACCUGCUCCAGCCCCUGUUGGCGCCGCUCCUGCGGUGCUCGGAGACGGCAGAGCUAGCAGUGGAAGAUUUAUCAGCAGGGACGGUGCUGGUGACAGAGGCAGAGCUCGGCAGCUGUGUGGAAGAUGUGCUCAAGGUGUAUGUGGUUGGAAAUGACAGCUCGAGCCUGCUGCUGGGAUCCUUACAGUCAGUCCUGGGAGUGGUUUUUUCCCUCUAUUCCUUCGCCAAGCAGAAUGUGUCAUACUUACGCUCCCCGUGCCAGGAGAUCCUGCUGUGGUUCUUGGAGAAGUCGGAGCGAGAGGUGUCGCUGGCCGUGCUGGAAGGCUUUGCAGGGCUGAACAGCAGCGUGCACGCCCUCCACCCGCGGUGCCGGUUCCGCGCAGGCAGCGAGGGUGGUGCCAGCAUCGCGGUGGAGGAGACCAUCAGCGAUGAAGAUGAGGCCCUCUACCAAAAGGUUUCCUCGGAGCAGUGCCGUGUGGAGAGCUUGGUGGAGCUCUUGUCUCACUGCCAGGAGAGUGGUCUAGCUGGAGACUUCUUCAUCUGCUGCCUGAAGGCGCUGACUUGCGUGGCUGCGGAGGACGAGGCGGCUUCAAAUUUGGCUGCAGUGCCUGGAGGGAGUCUCCUGGAGCUGGAACAGUACCACGCCGGGCAGAGGAGGAAGCUGCUGGUCCUGCAGCUCGUGGCCACGCUGUGCGAGAGCGUCUCGGACACCGUGUUCACAGACGUUGCUCAGGUUGGUCAUGGCAAAGCCCUGGGGGAUCGGCGGCUGGAGCGUGUGGCAGACCAAGCUCUGGGCCGCUGGACUCGAAGGAGACAAUGGCUAAGAAACAGCUGGAGGAAGCUAGAGCAUCCCCGGGAAAAGCAGUUUAUUGAUUCAGUUGCAAGUGUCUCAACAAGACACCGUCCCAUGCAGUGCCGGCAGGAAGGACAGAGUCAGCUGCAGAGGCAGGAGGGAGCAGCCCAGCAGACAUCUUCGUAUUUGUGUCCGUGGUUGUGUGUUAAAAGCCAAGAGAGUAGAAUCAUAGAAUCAUUAAGGUUGGAAAAGACCUCUCAGAUCAUCGAGUCUGUGUGUUAAUCAGAUCUCUGACUUGCCAGCUUCUCAUCUUUAUUUUCAGCAAAAUUUGCUCCCAGGUUUAACAAAGCUUAAAGACAUCUGUAUCCGGCAGACCUUUUUAAGCAAGUGCUUGCGACUUCUCCGUGGUGUUGGUGCCUGGUUUUCCUGGCACAUCUCAGCAGCC